AUGGUUGUGGAGGUCCCUGAAUCGAACUUGGCCGUUUCUGUGGAAACUGGAAAUGACGAGGAGAUUUCUGUGGAAAAUGUAAAGAUGAACAUAAAAUUUGGUUCUCAUGUUGUGGAUGAGCCUGCCAAAGAAGAAGGGAAAAAGGUAUCGGAGGCCAACCUCCCAAAUAAUGUAGCUGAUGAGUGGCCUGAACCCAGUCAAAUCCACUCUUUCUAUAUUGUUAAGUAUCGACCUUUUGAGGACCCGAAUCUCAGGGCCAAACUGGAUCUGGCAGAGAAAGAUUUACAGAAAAAGAAUCAGUCCCGAUUUCAGAUCACUGAAAAAUUAAGGGAGAAAAGGGCAGUUCGGGCCCAGGUAAUUUCUGAAAUAAGGUCUCUAAGUGUCGAGAACAAACAGUUUAGGACAAUCAUGGAUGAGAAGAGAAAGGAAAUGGAACCUCUGCAGCAGGCUCUUGGUAAAUUGCGCGGUGCUCCUAAUGGAGGCAGAGAAAGGGGCUCAGUAUGUUCCUCUGAGGAAGAACUCAAUGAUCUUAUCAAAAGUUUAGAAUAUCGCAUUCAGCAUGAAAGCAUUCCUCUCACUGAAGAGAAGCAAAUCCUCAGGGAAAUUAAACAACUUGAAGGGACAAGGAACAAGGUUAUUGCAAAUUCUGCUGAGAGGGCAAGGAUUCAGGAUGCAUUGGGUGAAAAAGAAGUGAUUCAGGACCAUGUCAAACUUAUAGGUGUUGAUCUUGAUGGAGUUCGAAAGGAAAAACAAGUAGUCAAUGCCAAGCUUAAGCAGCUUGAUGAAGAAAAAGCAUCUAUAGAUAAAGAGAUCAAUGCUUUACAGGAGGAACUGACUGCAAUUACAGAGAAGAGAGACAAAACUUUGGAAACCAUUCAGGAAAUGAGGAAACAACGUGAACAUGCGAAUUCUCACUACUUCCAAAACCGUAAACUUUUGAUCAAAGCCAAAGAACUUGCAGCAAAGAAGGAUGUUGAAGCCCUGAAAGAACUUUCACAUACAGAGGUCGAGAAUUUCAUUUCCCUCUGUAGUACUAAUAAGGUAUUCAGAGAUGACUACAAGAGGAGAGUUUUGCCAUCACUUGACAUGAGGCAAUUGAGUUCCGAUGGUAGCAUGAGGAAUCCGGACGAGAAGCCACUUGUGGCAGUCGAGGCACCAACUCCAUCUGGGACUGAGAGAAUUGUGAAACCAAAUGUGAAACAACCUGCUAAGGAGGAUUCUGUUCCUCUAUCACAACAUGAUAAUUCGUCUGUGCAGAAAGCACAAAAAGAAAAGAAUGCUCAAAACCAGAAAGAUGCAAAUAAGAAAACCGAAAGCAUCUUGGACAAGAUUGAACUUGAAGACAGAGAUGUCUCUGCUGGGACACAUAAAUUGCAAAAGGACGAUCUUCCUAAAGUUGACGAGAUGAAGUUGAAGGAGAUGAAGCGAGAGGAAGAGAUUGCUAAGGCUAAGCAGGCAAUGGAGAGAAAGAAGAAGUUAGCAGAGAAAGCUGCUGCCAAAGCAGCAAUAAAAGCUCAGAAGGAAGCUGAUAAAAAGCUCAAGGAAAUUAUUAUUUUUUUUCAAUUUUUACUUUUAGCCAUUGUCUUAUAUAACCUUAAAACUCAUUGUUUCGCUCUCAAUUUAUUGCAGGAGCGCGAAAAAAGAGAGAAAAAGAAGGCUGGUGCCGUUCUCUCUCAGGAUUCCGAGGAACCAACUGAAGCAGUUGCUGAAGUUGCUGAACUAGAGAAGACGGAGGGAAAGGUUGAAACUCCGGUCCCACCAAAGAACAAGGGGUGGAAAGAAAAUACCACUAAGCACAGAGCACGACCGAGAGGUCCAGAUUCACUUCCAAAGGUUAUACUCAAACGCAAGAAGGCAACUAACUACUGGCUAUGGGCCGUCCCUGCUGUUUUGGUGGUUCUUGUACUUCUUGCAUUUAGUUACAGCUAUCUUAGCCAAGAGCCCAAGACAUUAGAGUAG